AUGGACAGCCGGAGUGCGCGGCCGUGGCUGCUGUUGGUGGCGGCGGUGUGCGCGGUGUCCGGACAAGCGGCCGAGAGCGACUCCGGGAGCCACUCCCCGGGGCGCCGGGACCGGGACCGGUGGGACCAGUGGGACUGGGACUGGGAGUGGGUGACACCGGGGGGAGAGGAGGAGGAGCUGCGCCGCUGCUUCUACACCGGCACCGUGGACUCGCUGCCCGGUUCUCUGGCCGCCGUCAGCCUGUGUCGGGGCAUCCGAGGGGCGUUCGUGGUGGGCGGCCAAGAGUACGCCAUCCGCCCCGCGGGGCAGAGGCAGAGGGAGAGGAGGAGGGCAGAGCCGCAGCUGCACAUGGUCGGCAGGAGGCGGAGCAGCUCCGGCGGCACCAAGUGCGGGGUGAGCGACCAGGACAUUCCAGAGCGUCCCCAGGAGCCCAAUGUCGCGCACGAGCCCAGAGAGUCGUUGUCGGCGACGGAGCGGAAGCGCAGAGCCAAGCGCUUCGUGUCCUCGCCGCGCUACGUGGAGACUCUGCUGGUGGCCGACCAGAGCAUGGCCGAGUUUCACGGCAGCGACCUCAAGCACUACCUGCUGACCCUGAUGUCGGUGGCCGCUAAGCUCUACAAGCACCCGAGCAUCCAGAACCCUAUCAACUUGGUGGUGGUCAAGAUCCUGGUCAUCUACGAGGGCGAGAAGGGCCCCCAGGUGACCAGCAACGCAGCCCUCACCCUCCGUGACUUCUGCUCUUGGCAGAAGCAGCACAACCCCGCCAGCGACAGGGACCCUGACCAUUACGACACAGCUAUCCUGUUCACCAGGAAAGAUCUGUGUGGAGCCCAGACUUGUGAUACCCUGGGGAUGGCUGACGUGGGGACAGUCUGUGAUCCCAGCCGAAGCUGCUCUAUUAUAGAGGACGAUGGGGUUCAGGCGUCUUUUACUGCAGCUCACGAACUGGGCCACGUGUUCAACAUGCCUCACGAUGACGCAAAGCAGUGUCUCCAAACGGUCGGGCAAACAGGGAUUUCCCAUUUGAUGGCGUCAACGCUUUCCAACCUGGACAGGAGCCAGCCCUGGUCAGCCUGCAGCGCUUACAUGGUGACUUCCUUCCUGGAUAACGGGCACGGUGAGUGUUUGCUGGACAAACCACAGAGCCCUCUGCAGCUGGCCAACGAGCUCCCGGGCAGCACAUACGACGCCGAUCAUCAGUGCCAGAUCACCUUCGGCGAGGACUCCCGGCUCUGCCCCGACACCAGCAACACCUGCUCGCUGCUGUGGUGCACGGGGAAUGCCGGCGGGAUGCUGAUCUGCCAGACCAAACACUUUCCCUGGGCCGACGGCACCCCCUGCGGGCAGGGCAAGUGGUGCAUGGAGGGCAAGUGCGUCAACCAGACCAGCAUGAAGGAGUACAAUACGCCGGUGAACGGGAACUGGGGGGUGUGGGGCCCGUGGGGCACGUGUUCGAGGACGUGCGGAGGCGGGGUGCAGUACUCGUUCCGACACUGCGAUCGUCCCGUCCCCAAGAAUGGCGGCAAGUACUGCGAAGGCAAGAGGGUGCAGUACAAGUCGUGCAACACUGCAGAAUGCCCUGACAGUAAUGGCAAAACAUUCCGUGAGGAGCAGUGCGAGGUGCACAAUGACUUCUCCAAGUCCCCUGCUUUCGGAGGCAUGCCCGCUGUGGAGUGGGUCCCCAAAUACACUGGCGUCUCUCCCAGAGACCGCUGCAAGCUCUUCUGCCAAGCAAAAGGCACGGGCUACUACUUUGUGCUUCAGCCUAAGGUGGCUGAUGGCACCCUGUGCAGCCCAGAGUCCACCUCGGUCUGCGUUCAGGGGCAGUGUGUGAAGGCUGGGUGUGAUCGGAUCAUCGGCUCAAACAAGAAGUUCGACAAGUGCGGGGUGUGUGGGGGCAACAGCUCGACCUGCAAGAAGAUCUCAGGCUCCUUCCUCCUCUCAAAACGUGGGUACCAGGAGGUGGUGACCAUUCCAGCCGGAGCCACAAAUGUCGACAUCAAGCAACGCAGUGCCCGGGGCGAAAGGCACGAUGGAAACUAUCUGGCUCUGAGGAAGACCGACGGCACUUACCUGCUGAACGGCGGCUACACCUUGUCCACUCAGGAGCAGGACGUCUCGUUCCACGGAGCGACGUUGCGGUACAGUGGUUCCUCGGUCCUGCUGGAGAGAGUGCGCAGCUUCGGGGCUUUGUCUGAGGCCCUGGUGGUGGAGGUGCUGACGGUGGGCAAGUCCUUGCGGCCAAGGAUCAAGUUCACCUACUUCGCCAAGAGGACUCCAUCCCAGCACAGCACCAAGACCGGCCCCAGAAGAAAGGAGUCCUUCAACGCCAUCAGGGAGACGUUGACCUCUGAGUGGGUGAUUGGCGAGUGGGGCGAGUGUUCCAAGACCUGCGGCCUGGGCUGGCAGAGGAGGUCGGUGGUGUGCGCAGACCCUCACGGUCGACCCGCCCCCGGCUGCCGCAAGGAGCUGAGGCCGGACGGGUCGAGGCAGUGUGCGGAGACGCCUUGCCCACGCUGGGCACUGGGCGAGUGGUCAGCCUGCUCCAAGACAUGCGGCCGGGGCUUUCGCAGGCGGGAGCUGGAGUGCGCGGGGGGCCGGGGGCAGAGCCUGCCACAGGACAGCUGUAACCAGGCCAAGAGACCCCGGCGGCUGAUUGACUUCUGCAACGUUGGGGUGUGUGGUUGAGCUUCCGAUGGAUGGACAGACAGACGGAUGGGCGUCUGGGAACAAAGAACAAAUUUCUCUAAAAAGUUUUUAUAUUUAAUGUUGAGAGGGAGAGUGGAACCCUCUUUCUUCUCCCCCCACCCACCUCCCCCACACCACCCCACUAUACACACAUACCAAUUUGCACUGAAGAGUGAAGGAAUUCUCUCCCCACCCCCACCCGAUAAAGGUCAAAGA